UUGGCACGGGUUGUUUUGAGUGCCACACACUUGUAUACGUCAAUACGAUUGGUGAAAAAAAAGUGUCAUACCAAAUUACCCCAAGUCCUGUAAUUAGUUGAGCGUUUUCUUGUAUUUCAGUCAAUGACUUGAACUAGCAAAAUUGAGAGAUUAAAAAUGAGACAUGAUUCUGAUAAAUCAAUGGAAAGUAUGAUUCUGAGAUUACUGCUGGUAGUAUUGAGCUUAGACCUGACGUUUACCUACCAACCUUAUGUGGCCCCGUUCUUCUUUAUGUGUAACUUCCAUGGCAACGUAAACGAACUGGGAAUUGAUAACGGAGAGGUAGCCCUCAGUGUGUCCAUUGAAGGCAAUCCGGAACUUUACACGCCGGGAAAACUUUAUAAUGUUACAAUCACUUCCUCCGUGAAUUUUGAUGGGUUUUUCUUGACGGGACUGUACACAUUAACGUCAGAAGCCAGGGCGAGAAUGCAAGGACUGGGCUUCUUUGACAACAGAGGAGCAGGGAACAACCUAAUGUGUUCCAUCGUCCACUCCCAGGUCAACCCUGAACCUCAGCACCGCCUGACCUUCACCUGGAUGGCUCCGGCCAGCGGGACAGGAUGUGUUAGUUUCCUAGCUACAGGAACUCUUCGAAACCAGUUGUUAUUUAAAGAUACAACGGUGUUACAGAUGUGUGAAGAAGGAGCUCCCACUACAUCACCUCUGAGACCGGAACUUGCAAUUCUCCAUGGUAAUGGAAUAAUCAUGAGAGAUGACUUUGAUUCUUCCCCUGACGUCAACAUUCUCGUUUGGAAUGAAGUUGCAGGAGCAAACAUAAGUAGUGAUUGUGGUCACGUGAUGUAUGGUGACUCCAGUUGGUUAUGUCAGCGAUACGGCCAAAGAAAAUUGGUAACCGUUCCCAUGAACACAUCGACGGCAUCCAUAAUACAGUUUGCUCUGUCCGCUGGAAGAUGUGAAGUCCAUAAUUCUGCAGACAAUGAAAUCACAGUGUCCUACGGACUGCAGGGGUGUACAGUGUGGACGGCCAUAGACUCAAUCAGAUUGCCGUCGUCGCUCACAGAAGUCCAUCUUGUGUAUCUACCCAAAGAAGCUAGAGCUGAGGGAGUCUGUCUUAAAUGGGAACAGAUGUCCAACACAACAACAACUACAGAAACUAUACCAGUGACAACAGAACCAAUGACAACAGAAUCAAUGACAUCAGAAUCAACGACAUCAGAAUCAACGACAACUGAAUCAACGACAACUGAAUCAACGACAACUGAAUCAACGACAACAAAGCCAAUGACAUACCCACCAACAACAACACAGAUUCUAACAACAACGGAAAAACUGACUACAACUACUGAACUGUGGUUCCGAUGGGACAUCGCUGACGAGGGACAGCCAGACUUUAAUAGUUGUUGGGGAAUUGACAAUGUGCUUGUUGUCAAUACUGCAGAGCGACCCACUCGCUUGGUUGAAAACUUUGAUCCAAUCGAUCCUAGCAAUUGGCUUUUCUUCCCAGGAGGAAAUAUAAGGCAAAAAUGUCGGUCAGAAGAAAACUCCAUGUUUUUCAAUAUGGAGAAUCAGACAAUGAAUUACGUGGUAUCACGUGACCUAGAUUUAUCCGUACCUGACGUCACACCAGACUUAAUGUUGGAAGAACAGUUCGAAUCAAAGCGCCAACCAGGCUGGGAUAUCAGUGGCGGACGUGUAGAUGUUAUCUGUGGCGUUUUGUACCAUGCCAACUCCAUGGUAUUUGACGGAGCUGGUGCUAGACGAGCGUGUACUCCAUACUUAGAUACCAGAUUGGCGGGAAAUCUCAGGUUUUAUUUCGGGUUCGGGAGUGGGCGUUGCCAAGCCCUUGACACAUGGGAGAGCAAUGUUUACGUUUAUAUAGAGGAUAGUCAUGCACACAAACCAGUACUACUCAAUCUAACAAGUGAAGACUACAAGGAAUCUAGGCUUUUAUCUUUGCCUAUCAAUGGUCACCAACGACAAUCGAAGGCUCGUAUUUGUUGGGAGCAAAAGCACCAUCGCGGAGUUGAUCUCGAUGUGUGGGCGAUUGAUGGUGUGCAGGUUCUGCCUCACUUUCCUCGGAGGUCUGGGGUGACCAAAAUGGUCCAGUUUGACCUGACAUUGAAUUGUGGAACGAACACAAGUCGGAAUGACGUUGAUUUGCAAGCUUCUACUGAUUUUGGAAAAUCAUGGUUCACUGUUCAUGAGCCUUGUAUUGGUAGUAAUUGUGGAGGAAAACACCAGCCUGUGACGUCAGAAUACGAAAGCGAGGACUUCAUAAAUUGGAAAAGAGUUACCUCUCCUUUGCCGUUUGUUGCUCUGGUACCACAUGUUAGAUUUCGAUGGAGUGGAAAAAAUCAACAGAAACCAAAUUGGGCUCUUGAUAAUGUAUUUAUUGGGGACUGUGAGGCCGGUUGCCAUGGGAAUGGUCAAUGUACAAGAACAGGAUGCAGGUGUGACUUUGGCUAUACUGGGCUGACAUGUGACCUACCAGUCGUUCCCCACCUGACCACUAUGAUGGAACAGUUCGUGGACGACUCGAGCUUGAACACCAACAAUGCCCUACAUAUCAAAGGCGCUUCUUUGAGCUUUAAAUGCGGAGUUCUGUCCUCUGGAAAAUCCCUGGUGUUCGACAAGGACGGUCCUCGGCGAUUGGUGACCACAGAUUUGAAUACAACUGAUGACAGAUAUCUGCAGUUCUUUAUUAGAAUUGGAAGCAAUUCCAUGACUUCCCAAUGUCCUCCUCCAAGACAACAGCGUGAAUCCGUGAUGCUUGAUUUCUCCUGCGACGGGGGAUUAACUUGGGAACUCAUCAAGAUUUUUGACGACAUCCGUGAACCACAAUCAGACAUCGUAAUGUUGCCGGACGAGGCGAGAGGUCCGGCCUGCAGGUUCCGAUGGUGGCAACCUUUCCACUCAGGUGAAGGUCGAGAUCUCUGGGCCAUUGACGGAAUAAGCAUCAACAACCACCUGUUUAAUACGAUCAACCUGGACAUGGCGAACUAUCAGAACGAUACCAGACAUGUUGUGGCCAAUCUGGGUACUUUGUCUCAAAGUUACUGCGGCAGCAGGCCUAGUAUGAGUUUUAUUGAACCCUAUCAGUCUAGAGAAAUGCGGUACAUUGAAACAAAACCCGUUCACGUUGGACCAACAUACAUCGUGCAAUUUGAGCUAGUCAUGGCCUGUCGGAACAUGUACUCGAUGAACCGUGCUAACUUUUUAUAUUUGGAAUAUUCAACGGACCAUGGACUCAGUUGGCGAUUGGUUGAGGAGCCAUGUUUCCCGCCCACUACCUGUCAAUCAUACACAGAGGGCACCGUAUAUCAACCGUCAAAAUUUCAAAAAUGGCGCCAAGUCACUGUGCCAAUGCCGUCAUCAUCUUGGGGCCAUAUCGUGAGUUUGAGACUACGUCAGUCGGACUGGGGUCCGCUGGACACGUGGGCAGUGUCCAGACUGUAUGUAGGCCAGCACUGUCCCCAGCACUGUAGUGGGCACGGCAGGUGUGAGGAGGGCGUAUGUAGAUGCGAUACUGGAUUCACUGGUUCUUCCUGCCAGCCUCGGAGGCGGAUCGAGGAGACCAUGCAGGCCGAUUUUGGGAUUCGCUACGAGCCGGACUCCGACUUUGUGGACAUCUGGGGAGGGGAGGUCACUGGUGGCGACAAAGGAUGUGGGACACUGCUGUCCGGGGAAACCUUGUAUUUCUCUGAUAAUGGUGCCAGGGAAGCGCAAACCAAAGAUUUGAACACAAAGAACGAGGAUUACAUCGAGUUUUACCUGAGGAUCGGUGGCGGACUGCCGGACUGUAGCGGGGGAGAGACCACGGACGAGGGCGUGGUCCUACAGUACUCCACCGACGGAGGGAACACGUGGAAACUGCUCCGGGAUAUGAUCCCCGAGAAGUUCAGGAAACCAGAAUUUGUUCACGUUGUGCUACCGGAAGAUGCCCGGUCUCCAAUGACGCGCUUCCGGUGGUGGCAACCCUCACAUUCUGGCGGAGGGACGGAUCAGUGGGCAUUGGACGACAUCCGUGUGGGACACUACGAGAGGCGCCGGCAAAUACACGACGACUUCAAUACCCAGUUAAAUGCAAUCGAUAAUGGCGUUUGGUCUACCAUUACCGAGGGAAUUCUGGGAAAGUAUUGCCAGAACCGUGAUCGGGCUUUGAUUUUAGCCAAUCAGCAGAACGACAAAUAUGUCGUCACAAAAGACCUCGCACUCGAAACCGAUGACGUCAUCCAAUUUAGGGUGAAUGUUGGGUGCAGCAAUCAGUUCCGUUGGGAUCACACCGUGAUGUUAGACUACAGUCAUGAUGGCGGACAAACUUGGCACCUGCUUGAGGACCCCUGUUACCAAGAGAACGAGUGUGAUGGCCGCUACACAGAGGGGACUAUCUACUACUCAGGUCCUCACGGAUCGUGGCAGACUGUAGUCAUCCCUGUCACAGAGAAGCUGGCUAUGCAUCCGGUUAUGUUGCGGUGGUGGCAGCAGGGUGGCUACCCGUUCAACUUUGGCCUGGAUGACGUGUACGUUGGUCCUCCUUGUGAAGAGAAUUGUCAUAGAAACGGCGUCUGUGAUGGUAGUGGAUGCGUGUGUGACGAUGGGUUUCAAGACCCAGACUGCGGCUUCCUUGCUACUAGCCCCUACGGAAUGUCUGACUGGUUCGACAACCACCACGAGCCCUCGGACGUCUGGAGGAGAAUCAUGGGAGGAAAGCUCGGGCUGGGAUGUGGAGUGGUGGAUUAUGGGAACUCGUUACACUUUAGUGGAGAUGGCACGAGGGAGGCGGUGACAGUGCCCCUAAACACAACUUAUCUCAGAAUACUUCAGUUUGUUCUGAAAAUCGGGGGCAACGGUGACGGUCUAUCCUGCAUCACUCCACGUGGCAGAAACGAGGGCGUUAUUGUGGAUUACUCCACCGACAACGAGGUCACGUGGCACGUGCUUAAGGUAGUAGAACCACGUGUCCACAACUUCAGCACAGAAAGUGUCACCCUGGAGCUACCACAGGACGCCAAGACUGAGAGGACUAUAUUUAGGUGGUGGCAACCCCUGGGAUACGGAGGGGUGCAUCGAGCUGAGUGGGGGCUGGACAGCGUUAUUAUUGGGGUCAAUGAAACGAACAGGGAGAGUUUCCAGGACGAUUUCGCCUUGAUGGUUCCUGACCCCCACCACUGGUUGCUGACUGAGAGCGCGGUACCCAGGAUCACGUGUAACUCUGUAGGGAACGCCCUGGAGUUCAGCCGAGACAAGGACCUCAGAUUCGCGGAAACCAUGGACUUUCGCAUCACGCCAUCCACCUUCCUUCAGUUCGACAUCGCCAUGGCGUGCGACUCGCUCUAUGGGGCCCUGUACGGGGUCAUGCUGGAAUACUCAGUGGACAUGGGACAAACUUGGCACCCGGUUGUCCACCAGUGUGCCCCGCCAAACUUCCAGUGUAGCGGGUACCACCUCAGCAGUGAAUACAUGUCGGACCAGCACAAAAACUGGACCCGCGUGACGUUGUACAUGCCUCCUGGCGCAGUAUCUCCAGCCACGCGCUUAAGAUGGAAACAGCAGAAUAAGACGCCCCGAGGCAAUGUGUGGGCGCUGGACAAUGUUUACCUUGGCAGCGGUUGUCCCUGGUUGUGUUCUGGUCAUGGUUACUGUCGGGAAGGUGCUUGCAUCUGUGACCAGGGUUUUGGCGGACCACACUGUGACCCCAUACAACCUCUUCCCAUGAUGCUCCGGGAUGAUUUCAAUGGAGAAGUGUUAAACAACAGGAACUGGAAGGAGAUAUAUGGCGGUGAACCGUCCGAUAUGUGUGGUAUUGUCGUCAGCGGCAACUCUCUGCUCUUCCAUAAGAACCAUCUCCGAAUGGUUGUGAGUGACGAUAUUGACACUCAGAUGUUGACAGGCGUGGAGUUCUACUUCAAGUAUGGGUGUAACGAUAAAGACACAGACUGGCCGAGGGCCCAGAGCGUGUUGUUUCAAUAUUCUACGAACGGUGGUAUCAUCUGGAACCUCAUCAAAGAGAUCCAUUACUCAGACACCUCCAAAGUUAGAUUUUUCAGUCUAGACUUACCAGACAGCGCAAAAUCUGCAGCUGUCAGAUUUCGAUUUUGGCAACCGGAGAAUCAAGGUGAUAUGAAGUCUACGUGGUCUGUUGACAACUUUUAUAUUGGCAAGAUGCCAGCGAGUCCGAGCAUGAUGUCGGAUGAUUUCGACUCUCAGACGAUGUCCGACUCCUGGCUUUUCAUCAAUGAAGGAAAAGUUAAGAACUAUUGUGAACACAAAGUAAGACAGGAUACCACAAACUCCGGACACUCCGCUCUAGUUUUCGGAAACACCGGAAGUCGGGGAGAGAGAUAUGUGGAGACAAAAGACCUGAGUGUGGGGCCCAUGUCAGAACUACAGUUUGAUAUAAAUGUGGGUUGUGAGUCUGACCCCACAGAGGAUUAUCCGGUCAGGGUUGAAUACUCUCCAAAUGGUGGGAAAACUUGGCACGCGCUGGUGUCUAACUGCGCCUUGACGUCCUCGGCUUGGUGCUUUGAUGUCGACACCCCUACCACUGUGUAUUAUGGGGGAACCUCCAAGUACUGGAGACGGGUCCUUGUGCCUCUGGAUAAUGUUUACAUCUGUGGAUCUCUACGGUUUCGAUGGUACCAAGGUUUUAUUGCAGAGGACCAUUACGCCCCUGAGUGGGCCAUAGAUAAUGUAUUUAUAGGAAUGGCCUGUAUGGAUUACUGCCAAGGUCAUGGCGCAUGCUCAAAUACUAUGAUGUGCACAUGUGAUCAAAAUCGCCAUGGCGAUAGCUGCGUUACUUCUAUUCCGCUGCCGACACAUCUUUCAGACGAUUUUGAGAGGUCAGCUGAUGGUCAGUCACCAGUACGUGGACAAUUGAUUACAGAAAAUGACGUUAACGAGACUAAGUGGUGGAUGCAGAGUGGCGGAGAAAUAUCGAACGAGUGCGGGAAGCUUAUAUCAGGGGAUGCACUUCAUUUCAAACACAAUGGGGAGAGGAUGCUUGUCAGUACAGACUUAGAUUUAAGUACUGUUAGCAUCAUACAGUUCUUUAUCCGCCUUGGUUGUGGGCGGCACUCACCCGACACCUCGUCAUUUCCGGUCUAUCUACAGUACAGUACAAAUGCAGGUGUCAACUGGAACUCGAUAGAACAGUUUGACUUCAACAAAUACAGUAACGUUCCAAAAUAUUACGCCCUGCACGUUCCUCCCGAGGCGAGAACCAACUCAACAAGAGUGAGGUGGUGGCAACCGUCUGUUAAUGGAACAUUUCCAGAGGAGUGGGCUAUAGAUCAGGUUUUUAUUGGUGGAGAUAUGAACGGUGUCACACCACUAGGAGACGAUUUUUAUCUACCUAAAGAAACAAGCUGGCUUGUGUAUCCAGGCGCCACUAUUGAACCUGUUUGCAAUUCACCACAGAAGGCCAUACAUUUCAAUGGUGAUACUGGUAUACGGUAUGCAAUGUCUGGUGACGUCACCGUAGACGAAGAAUCCUUUCUACAGUUUCAAGUUGCAAUGGGUUGUGUUUCGAACCGUGAAUGUUACAAUAUUGGCAUCGAGUUCUCGCGAGAUUUCGGUAACACGUGGGAACUACUUCAAAAACCCUGUCUGCCAUCGGAUGUGGACUGUGGACGAUUUAAUCCUGGAACAACUCUUGUAUCUGAUGUCCAUACUGGAUGGCACAGAGUCACAAUACCCCUACCUUAUUACUCAAGAGGUAAAGCUAUCCGGUUUAGAUGGAUACAACCAACAGGGUACGGGAAGAAACAGAACUGGGCGGUGUCUAGGUUGUAUAUUGGUAAAGGCUGUCCCCUGAAGUGUAAUGGUCAUGGCAAAUGUACGGAGGGUGGCUGUAUAUGUGACGAUGGAUGGCAGGGACUUAACUGUAGUGAGCCUGUAUCAUCCUUACCUACAUAUCUCUAUGACUCGUUCGACCCGGAUAUAAACGGAUCGCAAUGGUUGAAAGUUGUUGGAGCACAAACCUUGCCUCCAUGUAAAGUAAUGGCUGCUGGUAAUGCUUUGCACUUUUCCGGGGGAUGUAGUCGCAUUUUGAUCUCGCGUGAUCUCGAUCUCCGUCACGCAGUCUACGUUCAGUUCGUGUUUCUUUUUGGUUGCACGGCUGGUCCCGUGACACGGAACCAGGGAGUUCUCGUUGAUUAUUCCACAGACGGCGGUAUAACGUGGAUGCCUAUCACAGAACUAUACUACACACUAUACAGAACACCCAAAUUUCUGAGUUUAAAACUCCCAGAAAAAGCAAAAGGCAAUGGCGUUAGACUUCGGUGGUGGCAGCCGCUACACGGCGGACAUCCCAUGGGUGACUGGUCCAUAGACAACGUUCGUAUCGGUGGAGAAGACAGCAACCCAGCAGAAUUCACGUCAGAUUUUAGUGGACCACUUGAUUAUCAGAGCUGGAUGAGGGAUGAUAAUAUUGCCGGAGAUUCAACAUACUGUAACGAGGCUCAUAUUGCCCAUGGAACAACUCAAACGAAAGAGAACUCGGUCUUAGAAACCAGAGAAGUUGGCAUUGAGAACGAUUUUGUUCUAGAAUAUGAACUCAACGUUGGGUGUGGGCAGACGUUUAACAAGUCCAGCCCGCCAGUACACGUGGAAUACUCCACAGAUAAUGGGGUCACGUGGUCUCAUCUUUCACCUCAGUGUCUUCCAAAAGAUCCCGAGUGUAAUGGAGGACUGCAUAUGGGAAGCGUAUACCAUAGUGAACCAAUGGGGAUGUGGAGGAGAUUUUCUCAUACCUUAUCUGGAUUACCAGUAUCAAACGCGACGAGAUUCAGAUGGACCCAGAAGGCAGACGGCAAUACGGGACCUUCCCAUGAAUGGGGGAUACGGGAAAUCUAUGUGGGCAAGGCCUGCAGCGAACACUGUAACGGCCACGGUAGCUGUAGAUAUCCGGUCUGUACAUGUGAUCGAGGAUACUCAGGCCCAGAUUGCCUGUAUGAUCGAUUCCCUAAUCCUACGUACUUAAAAGACAAUUUCGAAAGCAGCUCGUUUGACAAAACUAAGUGGUCACUGGUAGAAGGUGGUGAACUUGGCAAACCUUGUGAGAAUCUAGCAGAGGGAUCAGCAGCAGUGUUCACUGGAUCCAACUACAGACAGCUUGUCACUAUCGAUCUUGACUUGAGAAAUACGCGAUUUGUACAGUUUAUAGGAUCUCUUGGUGGUGUAGAUGUUGACCCGACCUGUUUCACACCCCGAUCUCCAGAACACAGCGUUAUUCUCCAGUACAGCAACAACGGUGGCAUUACCUGGGAAGAUCUGCAUGUUAUGGAUUUCACCACGUACAAACGUCCGAGACAAGAGUACGUUUUGCUGCCUCAGUCUGCUAGAACAAAGAACACCAGACUAAGAUGGUGGCAACCUCUGAACAAAAAAUGGGCCCAGACAGGUCCUCAGUGGGCUAUAGACAACGUUCUGAUAGGUGGAAAUGAAAUUAAUCCAAGCCACAUGCAGGUGUCCUUUGAUGAUUCAAUACAGAGUGAUGCCCCAUGGGAGUUCAAUCCCUAUGGAGAAAUAAAAGACAACGUUUGUACAAAAGGUGAUAGCUCCAUUGUGUGGGAAGAGGGCAAAGGAAACAGGAGUUUUACCACAGGUCAACUUAUAGUGCAAGAAGGAUUUAUGCUUCAGUUUAAGAUUGCAGUUGGUUGUAGCGGUGUUGCAGACAAUUGCGCAGAUUAUGCCCCUGUAUAUCUUGAAUACAACAAAGACCCGGGAAGUGACCGCUGGGACCUUGUUCGUCCACUGUGUCUUCCAGACCACGCCUACCUGUCAGAGUGUCAACCACGUCACUAUCACUCCCCCUCCAUCUUCACCCACCACACCCACCCCACAUGGACACUAGUCACAAUACCACUGACAGAGAAGACAUUCUCUAGCACAACUCGGUUUCGAUGGAUACAAGAUACACAGUCGAGAGUUGGUGUAUCGUGGGCGCUGGACGACAUCUAUGUCGGAGAAUCCUGCCCUGAAUUAUGCCACUCGCGAGGAACUUGUUUGAAUGGAAAAUGUUUCUGUGAACGUGGAUACUUUGGCAAAAAGUGUCUACCUCAGCCUGGAAGUUUGAUAAGAACAAUGUACGAUUCGUUUGAGGGCGGGAUUUUCUCAUUUUAUUGGGAGUCGGUAUCAGGAGGUGGAAUAGGGUUUGGUUGUGGAGCUCUGCGUCCAUUUGCCCAUGGGAAGACUUUGUACUUUAAUGGUUGUGGUCAUCGCGAGGCACGAACAGUAGAGAUGGAUCUACGAAACGCCAAAAAACUUAUGUUUGUGUUACAAAUCGGUUGUCAUGACCAAACAUCUACCUGUAACAUCCUAUCAAGUAAUGGUUCCUAUAGUGGUGUUUUACUUCAGUAUACAAUCAAUAAAGGUGCGGAAUGGAAGCUGCUGUCUCGCCAUGAUGCUGAGGAGUAUCUACUGCCAAAGAGAGCAGCUUAUGAUCUGCCAGACGACGCUAAGAAGGACGGCGUUCAGUUCCGGUGGUGGCAGCCUGUCCACCGGAAAACAGGAUACGACCAGUGGGCCAUUGACCAGGUCGAAGUCAUACAAGACCACAAUGCUCAUAAUAAUAGGUUCAUCUCUAGAUCGAAUGGUUAAACGACCCUACUCAAAUGAGCAAUUUCUUUGCUUUUGUGUUUUUUCUGACGAGGACAAAAUCAAUUCAAAGGAUUGUUCCGUCAUUAUUUAUUGGUUUUAUGCAUUAUGGCCAGUGCUUAACAAUGUGCAUCUGCACAUGAGGUCUAUUUCUCCAUUUUCUGAACAGUUACCAUUGAAUGGAAAAAAUCUAAUUGUUCGAUACACGAUUAAGGCAGAAACUUGUUUUCAAUAUUAUUUUCCAAACAAUGAACAUACACAUGUAUAUUUUUAAGCAUUUCAUUUUUUCUUCUUUUUAAUUUAAAAUAGGCAUUCAAUGAUUUCAGACAAAAACAUGUUUCAAACAAUUUCAAAAGUAAAACGUUUCAAUCGUAGAAUGGAAUAAAACUUUUUUUUCAUAACCUACAAUACUCAUAGUUUCACAUUUACCAUUAAGAUUUUACAACCAUUAGCUUUUAUCCAUACGUUCUAUAGGUAGCUAGAUGUUCGAUGUAACGUUAUUGUAUUUUGAAUAAUAUAUUUGUCUGUUUUGAGAAACACGUUUUAAAAAUGACUCAUUUGAAAAACUGAAAAAAAAUUGCAAACUGUUUUGAAUUUUGAGUGUAAACUGUUUUAAAGAGCAUGUAAGAAAAUGCUUGCCAUGGUUAUGAUAGUAGAAAAGAUAUAAAAGAGCAAAAAGCUCUAUCUUUGGCCAAAAUAAAAUUAUUGUUUUUUUCCGGAUUGCCUCUCGCCUCAAUGAAACACCUCUCGCUGAUAAAGUUUUAUUUGGAAAAAAGAACUUUUUUUUAAAUUUUUUACUCAUUCUUAGGUUGUUAAACUUCAAGUUUGAAAAAAAAUCUCCUCCUACCCUCCUUGGUCUAGAAACCUACAGGUGGCAAUUCCGACCAAAUUUUUUUUUGAGGAUGGACUUGUUGGCAUCCUUUAGUUUGAGCAAUAUGUAAUGAUUGAUUUUUCUAUCCGUGAUGUAAUUACGACAUGUUUUUCGAUGACAAUAUCUAUUGUAAUUUGGUACAUAUAUGUUUUUUUUAUGGAAAAAGUGCAAAUUGAAUAAAGACAUUGUCAAUAGUAUUGCUUUUAAUGGAUUGCAAUCUUUUAGUUCA